GAGCUGAACGAGCUGAUGCAGGACAAGAACCAGGAGCUGCAGUGGAAGGAGACGGCCCGCUGGAUCAAAUUCGAGGAGGACGUGGAGGAGGAGACGGACCGCUGGGGCAAGCCCCACGUGGCCUCCCUCUCCUUCCGCAGCCUGCUGGAGCUGCGCCGGACCCUCGCCCACGGCGCCGUCCUGCUGGACCUGGACCAGAAGACGCUGCCGGGGGUGGCCCACCAAGUGGUGGAGCAGAUGAUCAUCUCCGACCAGAUCCGCGCCGAGGACCGGGCCAACGUGCUGCGGGCGCUGCUGCUGAAGCACAGUCGCCCGGACGAAAGACCCGGACUGGGCCGGGAUCGCCCCGAGGUGGCCUCCCCUGUUCUGUCCGGCACCAUCACCCGGUCCAAGUCGAAGCAUGAACUGAAGCUGCUGGAGAAGAUCCCGGACAACGCCGAGGCCACGGUGGUGCUUGUGGGCUGCGUGCAGUUCCUGGACCAGCCCACCAUGGCCUUCGUGCGGCUGCAGGAGGCGGCCCAGCUGGAGUCCGUGCUGGAGGUGCCGGUGCCGGUCCGCUUCCUCUUCGUGCUGCUGGGCCCCAGCAGCGCCAACAUGGACUACCACGAGAUCGGUCGCUCCAUCUCCACCCUCAUGUCCGACAAGCAAUUCCACGAGGCGGCCUACCUGGCCGACGACCGGCAGGACCUGCUCCAGGCCAUCAACGAGUUCCUGGACUGCAGCGUGGUGCUGCCCCCCUCGGAGGUGCAGGGCGACGAGCUGCUGCGGAGCGUGGCCCACUUCCAGCGGGAGAUGCUGCGGCGGAGGGAGGAGCAGGAACGGCGGCUGCUGGCCGGGGCCGCCCUGGAACCCAAGUCGCCGGAAGAGAAAGCCCUGCUGAAGCUGAAGGUGGAGGAGGAAGACGAGUUGGAAGGCGACCCGCUUCAACGCACCGGCCGACUCUUUGGGGGUCUGGUCCGGGACGUCCGUCGGCGUUACCCCAAGUAUCUCAGCGAUUUCCGGGACGCCCUGGACCCCCAGUGCCUGGCAGCCGUCAUCUUCAUCUACUUCGCGGCCCUCUCGCCCGCCAUCACUUUUGGGGGGCUGCUGGGCGAGAAGACCAAGGGGCUGAUUGGGGUGUCGGAGCUGAUCAUCUCCACGGCCAUCCAGGGCAUCCUCUUCUGCCUCCUGGGGGCUCAGCCACUGCUGGUCAUCGGCUUCUCGGGGCCCCUCCUGGUCUUUGAGGAAGCCUUUUUCACGUUCUGCAACUCACACGGCCUGGAGUACCUGGUGGGCCGCGUCUGGAUCGGCUUCUGGCUCGUCCUGAUCGUGCUGGCCAUCGUGGCCUUCGAGGGCAGCUUCCUGGUGCGCUUCGUCUCCCGCUUCACCCAGGAGAUCUUCGCCUUCCUCAUCUCCCUCAUCUUCAUCUACGAGACUUUCUUCAAGCUCAUCAAGAUCUUCCAGGCGCACCCGCUGCACGGCUGCCGGAACGACACGAGCAGCCUUCCGGAGGCAGAGAACGGGACGCUCGGCCGCAACGCUUUGGAAAUGACCGGCCAGCCCAAUACGGCCCUCCUCUCGCUGGUGCUGAUGGCCGGCACUUUUUUCAUCGCCUUCUUCCUGCGCAAGUUCAAGAACAGCCGUUUCUUCCCCGGCCGGGUCCGGCGGGUGAUCGGAGACUUUGGCGUGCCCAUCGCCAUCCUCAUUAUGGUCCUGCUGGAUUCCAGCAUCCAGGACACUUACACGCAGAAACUGUCGGUGCCCAGCGGCUUCUCAGUCACGUCUCCCAGCCAGCGAGGCUGGGUGAUCAACCCUCUGGGCAAUAGCGAGGGCUUCCCGGUGUGGAUGAUGGUGGCCAGCGCGCUGCCGGCCGUGCUGGUUUUCAUUCUCAUCUUCAUGGAGACGCAGAUCACCACGCUGAUCAUCAGUAAGAAGGAGCGGAAGUUGCAGAAGGGGUCCGGCUUCCACCUCGACCUGCUGCUGAUCGUGGCCAUGGGCGGCUUCUGCGCCCUCUUUGGUCUGCCGUGGCUGGCGGCCGCCACGGUGCGCUCCGUCACGCACGCCAACGCGCUCACCGUCAUGAGCAAGGCCGUGGCGCCGGGGGACAAGCCCAAAAUCCAGGAGGUGAAGGAGCAACGGGUCACCGGGCUGCUGGUGGCUAUCCUCGUGGGCUUGUCCAUCGUGAUUGGGGACCUGCUGCGCAAGAUUCCGCUGGCGGUGCUCUUCGGCAUCUUCCUCUACAUGGGCGUCACCUCGCUGAACGGGAUCCAGUUCUACGAGCGCCUUCACCUGCUGCUCAUGCCCCCCAAGCACCACCCGGACAUGCCCUACGUCAAGAAGGUGCGCACGAUGCGCAUGCACCUCUUCACGCUCCUGCAGCUGGCCUGCCUGGCCGUGCUCUGGGCCGUCAUGUCGACCGUCGCCUCGCUGGCCUUCCCCUUCAUCCUCAUCCUGACCGUGCCCCUCCGGUUGUUCCUGCUCGGCCGCAUCUUCACCGAGCGGGAGAUGAAGUGUCUGGACGCCGCCGAGGCCGAGCCCAUCCUGGACGAGCGGGAAGGCGUGGACGAGUACAACGAGAUGACCAUGCCGGUGUGAGGCGAAGGCCGAAAACCUUGGCAGGGGGGUCCCGAGAGCUGACGACACCGCCCCCCCCUACUCUCACCCCAGUGCCUUUGCGUGUCGGUCGGGGAGGAGCCCCUCCGGACCGCCUGUGCGGCCCGUCUGUGGU